AUCUACCUUGCUUUCUUGAUUCUUAUGCCAUUCUCUGACGUUGGGCUCGCUGAUCGCUUCGAAGCCUGUUCGUUAGCUAUCUAAGCAAGAAGAUAUCGAGAUACUGGUAAGUAUCAAGACGUCGGGACAUCAGGACAUCGGUCCAUCCUAGGCCUGCGUACCGAACGAAUAUGGCCGUCGAUGACGAGCGUCAGAACGUGCCCGGCGAUGGCAUCGUAAGCUCCGGGGCCUCUAGCGUCACCGAAGUUCCCCUCAGAAGUCAUGGGAGCUUUUGGACGGAAAGGGCGCCAGACUCGCCGGGCGUGCCACCGCUUUCUGCCGGUUCCAUGAUAAUGAGCGCCGGGACGCGGACGCCUAUGCGAGAUGACAUGUGGACGAGUGGCGAUGAGAGGGAGAAGGAUGGUGUGGAGGGUAUCGAGAGGGAAGAAAAUGAAGACAAUGAAGAUAAUGAGAGACGUAUCAAGGGUCGGAGCCUGACCAAAACCGAUACUAACAUGUCCAUCGCCGCAACGCUUCCCUUCCCUCAAGAGGCCCUAUUCGUCAUGGUUAUUUGUUCGGGACAGCUUUUCACACAGGCCGGUCUCGGUCAAGCGAUCAGUAUCAUCCAGACCAUUGGCGACACCUUCGGCAUCACGAAUCCUGGAGAGUUGAGUUGGUUCAUGGCCGGAUACAGUUUGACGAUAGGAACCUUCAUCCUAUUUUCGGGAAGGCUGGGAGAUUUAUAUGGCCAUAAAACCAUGUUCUUGAUCGGCAUGGGUUGGUAUUCUAUCUGGAGUGUCAUCUGCGGACUUGCUGUCUACUCGAAUCACGUCCUCUUCAUCUUCGCCCGCGUCCUCCAAGGUAUCGGUCCCGCAGUCGUCCUUCCGAACGGGUUAGCUAUUUUCGGCGUUACCUAUGCUCCCGGACGACGGAAGGAGAUGGUAUUCGCCCUCUUCGGUGCUAUGGCUCCUAUCGGAUCUGUCCUUGGUUCGUUAUUUGCUGCUAUAUUUGCCCUGGCUUGGUGGCCUUGGGCUUUCUUCGCAUUUGGUAUUAUCUUGGCCGCGACUAUGGUCAUAGGAUACUACGCCAUCCCCGAAGCUUCCAAUACGCAUCACCAUGAGAAGCCGAAAGGUUUCAAGGAUACGCUACAACAGCUCGACAUGGUGGGAACCAUUCUCGGUGUAGCCGGCCUCGUCCUGGUUAACUUCGCAUGGAACCAGGCUCCUAUUGUUGGUUGGCCCGAGCCGUAUGUCUAUGUGACGCUGAUUCUCGGCUUGCUGCUCCUUGCUGCGUUUUUCGUGUAUGAGUUGAGUUAUGCACAGAACCCGUUGAUUCCUUUCCACGCUCUUUCGUACGACGUAUCGUUCGUCUUGGGUGCUAUAGCAUGUGGUUGGUCUUGCUUUGGAAUCUGGUUCUUCUAUACCUGGCAGUUCCAGCUCAACCUUCGACACGAUUCUCCCCUGCUAGCGACUGCCAAGUUCGCUCCCGCUGCUUUAUCGGGAUUAUGUGCCGCGCUCUUCACAGGCUACUCGUUGCAUCGUCUACGACCGCCAAUUGUCAUGACCAUGGCCCUCGUCUUCUUCACGGCAGGUAUAACCAUCCUCGCGACUUGUCCCGUCGAGCAGACUUAUUGGGCACAGCUUUUCGUCUCGAUCAUCGUUAUGCCUUGGGGUAUGGAUAUGAGCUUCCCAGCAGCGACCCUUAUUCUGUCCGACGCCGUACACCGAAAACACCAGGGAAUCGCUGCGAGUUUGGUUAACACGGUAGUAAAUUACAGCAUCUCGUUAGGUCUGGGAUUUGCGGGAACGGUCGAAACGCAGGUCAACAAUGGUGGAGGAAACCCAGUGGAUUUAUUAAAAGGGUACCGAGGAGCAUUUUAUAUGGGCAUUGGCCUUGCCGCUUUAGGUGUGGCUGUAUGUCUUGCUUUUGUCGCUAAGAGCAGGAAGCACGAAAAAACAAAUAGACAAGAAGAGGCUUGAUGGGCUUGAAAACGCCUCACACUUUUACCGACUUUGCCCCAGGUUCUAGACUCCAGGUAUUAUAUUUCGGCUCAACUGUCUUAUCGGUUCUCGAUGGGAUGUUCAAAUCCUGCAAGAUACCGGUUGUCAACCAUGCAUGUCCUUGACGAAGGCCGCGUAAUCCCUGCCUGUCCGAGCACACGAUAUCUUCAUAUCAACGACUAAAACAAGGUUAGAUGGGCAGACGGGCAGACAGACGGGAAUUAGACAUGGGAAAUCGAAUAUGUAUGAGGAAUGAUUUUGGAAAUGGGAAACUUACAUUUAACAUGAUACCACACUUUUCAUUUAGCGGUGUAUAUUUGUCUACGGCAUAGAGACGAGAGCACCGUAUUACUAAAGGCUGCGGGGUACGCCGAGGUAUAGAUUAUAGCGCGCAUUCAUUCAUCUGUAUCAUGACUUGUAUCCAUAGGUAGCAUUGUAUUGUUUCGGGUCGAAAUAGAAAUAUCUUAAAGACUUCUUACAUACCACCUAAGUAGUCGGGCAUCGUCGCUUUUUAUGUAUU